UUGGGUUUUGUCAUUGUACUGAUCCUGCAGCUAGAGAUAAACCAAGGCUGCUGUUGUUGAAGGAGAAAACCAGGGAAAUCCUCCUAAUUCUAUCUAAUCAUUGCAUUUUACUAUUAACUGGAUACAGAGACGCUGCAGACCUGUCAUAUCACAUGAAGACGGCUUCUAUGGAUCAAGGACAGGUUGAUGGAAAGGAGGGUCACAAGGGCCUAUGCAAAAUCCCAUAAAGGAGGAAAACCUAAAACUAGGAUCCUAUUCAGUGCAGACGGUCUCAGCUGUGCCGGCUCCUUCUAUAAUUACAGGUCCCACCAGCGGGGCAGGGGCUCAUUUCAAUGCAAUGCAAGAAUUAUUUUAUGCUUCUCCACCUGAUCCCACAGGGAAGCCAGAAGGGAAAAGGUGAUUCUACCUAACAUUGCUUUUGCAGAUGGAUUUUCAUUCAUAUUGAUUUCCCUGGUUCAGAGGUGGCUGAAGGGUUAAUGCAGAAUCGCCAGGCCUCAAGUCCUGUUAAAAAAAUAGGGAUGCACUGGUUCAUUACACCAUACCGGCUGCCAAUAUCAAUUUCCUGAAUAUAUUAUUCUUCUGGAUCGUGCACAGUCCAUACGCUGUGUCCUAAAGGGGAUUUCAGUCUCUGGAAUACUGACCACUGUGUAUAGCCUGAGGAUAUAGUAUUUACUCCAUAAACCAGAGAAUUGCUUUCUCCUACAUAGAACCAAAUCGUAUAUAUCAGGAAUUGUGUCAAUUCUGCACGGUGCUGUCUUGUGUGGGCAUCAUCUGUGUCCAUUCCUGAAGCUCUCCAAGGACCUACUUCUACGGAUCUCGAGGAGAGGCGUAAAAUACUUGUUUCUACCUUGGGACGUUUGGAUAUUGUUGGACUGUAAAUUUGAAUUUCAUCCUGCUUGAGGCCUAAUCUUCAUUGAUCCAUUAGACACUGGAUGCAGAUUCCAUACGGGAAGGUGAAUUAUUAAAGGAAAAGGCUAUAGGCAAAGCUGCAGCUCUGCUUCAUCUGCUGCCCAUGGGUGAUCCUGCUUCCACUAGGACCCACCUGGGCCUAGAUUGCUAAUAGUUCCCCAGUGCGUGUCCAUCCUCUUCUGCUGCGCUAACAACCACCAACAUUUUCCUACUGCUGCUGCCUUGAACAUACUAAUGGAGACCAAGCUUCCUAUUACCCCCACCAGUCCAUCCUCCCCGGGACUUUCCCCUGUCUUGGCUGCAGACAAGGUAGAUGGCUUUUCUCGUCGAACUCUUCCUCGCUCCCGUCAACGAAGAUCACACAGCUCCUCUCAGUUCCGCUACCAGAGCAAGCAACAAGAGCUAACACCGUUACCUCCUUUGAAAGAUGCUCCUGUGUCUGAACUACAUGACUUGUUCUGUAAGAAGUUGCAACAAUGCUCAGUUAUCUUCCAUUUUAUGGACUGUGUGGCCGACCUGAAAGGCAAGGAGAUUAAGAGGGCUGCUCUGAACGAGCUGGUUGAGUGUAUUGCCACCAACAGAGGAGUGCUCAUAGAACCCGUUUAUCCAGAAAUUAUUAAAAUGAUCUCAGUGAAUAUAUUUCGGACACUGCCUCCAACUGACAACCCAGAGUUUGACCCUGAAGAGGAUGAGCCAAAUUUUGAGCCUUCCUGGCCACACCUUCAGUUGGUUUAUGAAUUCUUUCUCCGAUUCCUGGAAAGUCAAGACUUCCAGCCUUCACUGGCAAAGAGAUAUGUGGACCAGAAGUUUGUCCUUAUGCUACUAGAACUUUUUGACAGUGAGGACCCCCGUGAACGGGAAUAUUUGAAGACCAUUUUGCAUCGUGUUUAUGGAAAAUUUCUGGGACUCAGAGCUUAUAUCAGAAAACAGUGCAACAAUAUCUUUCUCAGAUUUAUUUAUGAGACAGAGCGAUUUAAUGGUGUGGCUGAACUACUUGAGAUUCUGGGCAGCAUCAUCAAUGGAUUUGCUUUACCUCUAAAAUCUGAACACAAACAGUUUCUUGUCCGAGUAUUGAUACCUCUGCACUCUGCAAAAUCCCUUUCUAUAUUUCAUGCACAGCUCGCUUAUUGUGCUGUUCAGUUCCUGGAAAAAGACUCCUCAUUAACAGAACAUGUAAUUCGAGGUUUGUUAAAGUAUUGGCCAAAGACCUGUACCCAGAAAGAGGUGAUGUUCCUUGGAGAGUUGGAAGAGAUUUUGGAUGUCAUUGAACCAUCCCAGUUUGUUAAGAUCCAGGAACCCCUUUUUAAGCAAAUCGCCCGCUGUGUCUCCAGCCCACAUUUCCAGGUCGCUGAGCGGGCACUUUAUUUCUGGAACAAUGAGUAUAUCCUCAGUCUUAUAGAGGAAAACUGUCACACCAUCCUGCCUCUGAUAUUUGGCACUCUCUACCAAGUCUCCAAAGAACAUUGGAACCAGACAAUUGUCUCUUUGAUCUACAAUGUUCUUAAGACUUUCAUGGAGAUGAAUGGAAAACUCUUUGAUGAAUUGACAGCAUCAUAUAAGCUGGACAGACAACAGGAGUUGAAGCGAGAUAAAGAACGUCAGGAGCUUUGGAAAAAACUGGAUGAACUUCGUCUUAAAAAAUUGAAUGGCCUAGAAGAAGCGCAGAUGAACCAGCUUAAUUUACAGCACAGCCGAGGGAGUAAAAGUUAGGAGACCCCAAUAUCACAUUCCACUAAGACCACUGCAGCCAAUCCGCACCCCUCCUCCCUAUAUGAUACCCUCUCUUUGUUUCAAAAAUGUGUCACUUCUUCCCUAAGAAUGGGAAAAGCAACAGCUCCCGCUGUUACCACUGAACCAUCGACGGCACAUGGUUUAGAAUAUUACACAUCUUUUUUCCAUGAUGUGGCUGGUGCAUUUCCUUUUCCUAGGGGGGGCAAAGCAUUUUGAAGGCUUGUGUAAAAAUCACUAACCCCUUUUAGCAAGAUCAAAGACUAUUGGGAAUAGCCAUUGUCCAUCUCUUGUUACGUCUUAUCAAAUCGUGAAGUCACAUGAAGAAGGUUCUCUGUACUGGUCUCCACCAUGUGAAAGGCUUCUUAGAGAAGAACAAUGAAACAAUUUGUCAUUCUCUGUCAAGCGGAAGCAGGGGCUUCUGGGAAGUUCCCUGGAACUAUCACUCUUUGUCAAAGUAAAGGCUUCCAGGCAAGCCUGUCACAGAUCAAUUUCAGUCACAUUCUGACCAUGACAGCUGAGGCUUCUGGGAAAGCCUUCUUAAUACUCAAUCAUUGUCACUUUCUGUUUGUAAAAACAGAGGCUUCUGGAAAGGCCUGUGUUUCCUGUAUGUUACUUUCUGUAUAAAAGCAGAGACUUCUGGGAAAGUCUCUUCAACAAUCAACUUUAUUCCGUCAAUAAGAGACAAGGCUUCUGGGAAGCCACUUCUGAACCACUAUUAUGACCAUGGCCUACUCUGCUCCCCACCAAAACACAUUGCUACUGUGGAAGGGAAGCAUUAGAGAAUAAAGAAUGUCAAACUAACAUAAGUCUCUAGACUUAACACCAUGCUGGGUUCAUGGGUGCAAAGUAUUCAAGUAGCCUGUCCUGUCCCACCACCAUCCGGUAGAUGGCUUGCAUCCUAGGAAUGCACAUGAUCAGUUAUCAAUGCUGUUGAGUUAGAAGAUGAGUAGCAAGAAAUGAAAGGAGAAAUAAUAAAUUCCAAAAAGGCAUGAAAGACAAUGAGUUGACAAUUAAAGUUUAAUAACUUGUGAUGGAAAGUUUUACAUAUCAAUUGGCAUCAGCUAAGAUCCUUUCUUCAAUUCCUAAGACUUUCUGAAGGAUUUCAAGCUGCUAAAUAAAGUGAUUGUAAGAAGGUGCAUUGUAAUGAUCCCGCCACAUUGUUCAUGAAAUAUUACAGAGGGAAACCAAUUUUUAACAAAAGCAAAUGAUUCAUAUUUAUCUAGCGCUCCCUAUGCAGAUAAUUAUUGUGUCGUCAAUCAAUCUUUUCCCCAGUUGUAGAGGAAUAACAAGAUGAACAAGUAUUUCAUAUGGAAGUUCUUAUCUAUAACAAACAAAAUCUUGAUGGAUAAAAAAGCAGCUUCAUCUUCAGCAGCAAAUGGCUCGAUGGUAGUUACCCAUCUUCAAUCUCCUAGUGUCUGCUUUGCACUGUCAUCUGUUAGAACAAGGCUUCUGGGUUUCACAGCAGACAAAUGAACAGUGCUGUGGUCAGCUGGACUGGCUGAACUCACCAUGAGGACCUUAUGCUUGUUAAAAAGCCAAGGCAAUGAACAUAAAGAUAAAGGCAUUAUCUAGUCAGCCUUUGGACUCCAUCAGUUUUGGUGAAGAUCUGAUUUCCAAACAAGCCAGAUACCCAGUAGCUACAUUGUUCAAUAUCACUGCAAUAAGAUGUCCACUUGCUGUAUGACAUGUCCAGAGUUGACCUUUCAUGACAGUAAUCUAGCAGUUUUUUCUGUGUACUUAGCAAAAAAACAAACAUGUCUUUAAUGUCCCUACAGAUGUCCCUACUUUUCAAUCUCUGGUUUAGUUGAAGAGUCGGUAUCCCCCUAGUUUACAGGAUGGCCACAGGAACAUAUGAUUGUAUCAUAUAUGUCUCUUUAUAAUACUUUUCUUCUCAUUGAUCUAUCUCUGUAACAGUUCACGGUUUCUGACAUCACUAAAUUCUUGCAUCUUUUAGCAGAAACUAUGACUUGCAGACAUGACUUGGCCACUAGGUUAAGACAGACUCUUUUUUUUUUAGAAUUUUAGGAAAAAAGAUUGACCUCUACUGUGAGCAUGAGUUAGACCGUGAUAUUCCUUCAAAUGAGGAUCAAUGUGACCCUCUAAAUAAUCCCUUCAAACAAAGUCCUAGAUCUCGGAUAUUCUUCGUCCAAAUGUUGCAAGUAAAGAAAUAUCCAUUAGCCACCUUAAAAUAGGUGCUGAAUAUUUCUGCCAUUGUGUUUAAGGGUGUGAGGGGGGGAGGCCUUGUUCCUCUUAUUAACGGUCUAAAAUAGCCUAUUCGCAAAGAGUAUAUAUAAAUAUGAAUAUAUUGCGUGCAAUGUUUUCAUUUUUUUUAUUUUAUUUUUUUAAAUAAUUUAUUGUAUUAUUUAUUUGGUAUUUAAUAUGGUCAGCGUUUGAUCUGUUUAGUUCACGGAGGGAAGGGGGAGGAGUGGGGGUGACUAUGAUAUUUAACCUGUUCACUGCUGAAUUAAAUGCUGGGUCUCAGAAAUAUGUCCUGUUUUUAUGUCUACACUUGCGAUAUCGUAUAUUCAUUCGCACACAUAGUCAUUAGCUUUAAGACAAAUAAAAGAAGAAAAAAAAAGAAUGUCAGAGAAAUUGAGUUGAAUAUUCGUACAAUUCCACUGUCCAUGACUGUAUAACAGGAUGCUUAGUACCUAGAUAGUUAGGUCCGUUACGUAUUAGGGAUUCUUUUCAAAGAAAAACAAAACAAAACAUAAUACUGAAAGAUGUAUUAUUUUUUAGAAACAAUAUGUUUUGCAUGACUCUUCUUGCUAAGUAAAAUAAGGGUAACAAUCCUG